AUGGGUCUAGUGCAGCUAUUCAAGAGUCGAACCGAUUCAACCAAAAAUCUUGUAUGGAGGCUGAUUAAGCUCGAACAAGAGAAUAUAUUUUCCAAGCAUGCGGCAUUCGACAAAUGGGAGCUCCUGGCUGCUUUUCAAUCUCUACUCGUCUACUGUUUGCUGCGACUCCAAGAACAGCCAUUGGGCAAUGACGGCUUCGAAGCCGCCCUUCUGACCACAGUGAAUCAUGUAUUUAACGCGCUAGCAUCAUUGGCUGGUGGAAUCCGCAAGAUGAAGCUUCCCGACGAUCCCAGCGUAACCUGGAUGGAUUGGGUCUACAACGAAUCAAGGAGACGGACGGUGCUUAUCUUCCAGAUUCUUAAUAUCUUAAUUGAGAUAUCCACGGAGGCUUCUUCCUAUCCGACUUGCGGUUUUGUUCUUGUACCUCUCGCAAACAAUGCAAGCUUGUGGAAUGCAGAUAACAUAGAGGAAUGGCGAACAGAGUUUGUACUCUGCAACAAGGAGCGGAAAAUACACGGGCUCUCUCAAACUGGAGUAUUGACGAAGUUACAGUUGGCUGACGAGUGUGUGAGACUGAGUAAGCUGAGUUCUCUGGAGUGGGAAGAAUGGAGGGCCGAGUUCGAUGAGUGUCUUCUCCAAGAUCUUGAAGUCCACGGCUUGUGCACCAGACUCAUCUAG